AAAGGAAAAAAAAAAGGAGAGAGAGAGAGGAGAUCUAAAGAGAGGGAAAGAGAAACAAAAGAAAGGAAAAAUUCCCUUUACUUUAGCGUCACGGCAAAUUCGCCACUGAUCUAACGCAACCGAGUUAAUGGAAGGAGUGGGGGCUCGACUCGGGCGUUCCUCCACUCGGUACGGACCAGCCACGGUGUUCACUGGGCCGGUAAGGAAAUGGAAGAAGAAAUGGGUCCACGUUUCCCCAUCUAACAGCGGCAGCAGCAACAAUAAUCACUCACAGAAUCACCACAGCAGCAACGGUACUUCUAACGGUAAUAACGGUUCGCAUCUCGUCCUUUUUAAGUGGACCCCAAUAUCUCAAAGCCAAAACAACAACAACAAUAACAACGACAAUAACAAUGGAAACAACAAGGACGAUGCUGUGGCGGAGCCCGAGGAGCCGCCAAGGCGGAAAUUUAAAUACAUUCCGAUUGCUGUGCUAGAGGAACAGAAAAAGGAAGCUGCAGAAAACCUUGAUGAUGAAGCUAAACCAAGUGAGACUGACCCUAAUGCAGCAGAGCCAACUUCCAGGAAUGAUGAUUUUGAUGAAAAACCUGACAUUAAUGACGUACCUAUGGAAGAAAGUGAGGAGGAUAAUAAAAUAAUGCGACAAGAUCUGAAUGAAAGCACUCUGGAUUUGAGUUUGGGUUUGACAGCCCGUGAUGGUGAGCCUGAUUCAAAAACAAACCAUGAUGGACAGUUGGAAAGAGUGAAAUCAAGUAGCGGUAGGACAUGAGCUGUGCAUGUUGUUUCAGCUAAUAUAUUGAUGAAGAUGAUAAGUAGACAUUGGCUUAAAUGAUUAUGACUUAUUUCUUAGAGAUUCAAUUUUCCGUUGGGCCGUCCAUCUUGCAGUCGGUUGUCUUAACUUAAGCUAAAUGCAUUGAAAUGGCUUAUCUUUGUACUUUUAGUUUUUA